AACAUUUUCCCAGAGCUUCACCAUAUUCGAAAGAGAAAGAGAGAGGGGGCGGGGGGUGCUGUCCUCAUUCUAAUGUCAGGAAAUGCCCUUUCACUACCACCACUACAGCCAAUGAGUUAAAAAGUUCAGGAAAUUGUGAUACAGUUCAGGGGCAAGGCUGGGGAAAUGAGAGGGACUGGGAAGGAAUGGGAGGGAAGGGGAGGAGGAAUGUGCUGGCUUCUCGAAUACAUGGUGCAAGUUUUAUCUGUUUACUCGGCCAAAACGUUGACUUCUGCUGUGUGUGUGUGUGUGUGUGUGUGUGUGUGUGUGUGUGCAGUAGCCUCGGACAGUCGCUGCGUCGUGGCGGGAAGGGUAAGGUGGAGGGCGUUGAGUGCAGACAGGGCAGAAUUUGCUGCUGCGUCACACACACAGACUGCUGUGAUGCGUGCAUGGUGGUUCCCAGCGGUGAGGGGCGCUUCGUGUCCAUGCCGCAAUAACGCCCUCUGGGGGGCGGUGCCUCGGGGCGGGGGGCGGGGCGACGGGGGGCACCCAGGCACAGGCCCAGCACACCGCCGGCUCGGGGAUGUGCGGCCCCGGCUGGUACGACCUUGGUGCUGCAGCUGUCCCCGCCGCCCACUCCUGACCUCACCUGGGCCCCGCCGGCAACGACGUGGGCCUCGGCGGAGGCAGGAGUGGACGGGGCUGCAGCGCCGCAUCCUGGGACCGGCGCAGGAGUUACACAAGUGUGGCGGUCAGUGUGGCGGCGCCGGUACGUUAUCAGCAGCCACACCACGUCAUGGCCUGGCGUGCGAGCCUCAGGCCGGGGCAGCGGGGGUGUCCAGCGGCCGCUGCGCCAGUCACCGCCUCCUGCAGCCACCCGGGCAGCGGGCAGGCCGAUGCGGUGCGCGGGGGCGGGGGCGGGGCGCGGCCGUGCCCAGGGCGCGACACGGUUGGCUGAGGAGCACAGUGGGUAUGAGCGUUCUAGUCACUUUUACGAAGGCAGGAGGGACGAGGGCCUUGGGUACAAUGGCCCAGGAGUCGGCCCCCCUGUGAUGCGCCGCACGUACCCCAACGACAGGGACCAAGACUUCCCUACGAGGGGGCGGUUGCGGGCCUACAGCCGGGGGCCCUAUGGAGGAGGGAGGCCAGACCAGGGGGACUACCAGUGGGGGAACAGCCAGUACCGCUACCUUCAUCAGGACCCUUAUGUUGAGGAGAAGGUGGUGGUACGCAGAGGGACCGUCCCCCCAACAUCGGCCUCCCCGCCGCCCCUCCCCCGGCCCUCUGCGCCCCGGCCCUCCAGGAUCCACACGGGAAGCAGCAGCAUGAGCAAGAGGCGGCCGGCGAGCAGGUCUGGCUCAGAGUCGCGGUCAACCAGCAGAAGCAGCAGCAGUAGCAGCAGCAGCAGCAGCAGUAGUAGAUCCACCUCCAGCAGUUCAAGGUCUCCAUCCCCAAGAAGGAUCAGCAUCUCUGGGCUGCCCGGCGGAGGACUCAUCAACUCCGGGGGCGUUGGUCUCAGCUCACCACAGGACGAGAAGAGACCCCUGGCCAUCUGUGUGAGGAACCUUCCACCCUGGUCCACAGAAACAUCUUUGCGAGAAGGACUGUUCCAUGACUACAAGAAGCAUGGGAAGGUAAUGGCUGUGCGUUUGCUGGGUUCUGGCAAUGACCGCUUUGCUGUUGUCUGCUUUAAGAAGCCAGAAGAUGCAGAGAAAGCUCUUGAUGCCUCACGAGAGAAGCUUUUUUUUGGUGUCAAGAUCCAGGUUGCCCCACACGAAGGAGUGGAGUUAGAUGAAAGUGAAUGUCGAGCUUACGAUGUUGAGGUGGACGAAUACCAUCCCAAGGCCACACGCACUCUCUUCAUCGGCAACUUGGAGAAGGACGUCACAAUAGAAGACCUCAAGAAGCAUUUUGAGCAAUUUGGGGAGAUCAUUGAAAUUGACAUCAAGAAGCAGAGUGUAUCAACGUUCGCCUUCUGCCAGUACUCCGACAUCCGCUCGGUGGUGCGGGCCAUGCGGCAGAUGGAUGGGGAGCAUUUGGGGGCCAACCGGAUCAAGCUGGGGUUUGGCAAGUCCAUGCCGACCCGUUGUGUCUGGAUCGAUGGAGUACCUGAAAACUUUACCGAGAAGCAGCUGUACGACCAGUUCUCUCGGUUUGGGGUUGUUAUCCAUACCGUCAUCGACAGGGAAAAAGGACAUGCUCUCAUCUUUUAUGAAACUGAAAAAUAUGCAUCCAGUGCUGUCAUGGAGAUGCGAGGGAGAAUGCUGAACGGAAGGAAGAUCCAGAUAGACUUUGCUUCCCGAGAAUGCCAAGCUGCCUUUUCAGAACACCUCUCCAAACAAGGUCCCUCUGUCCCGGCUGACCGCCCGUGGGAGCGGCGUGAGAUUGAGAAGGAGCCUGGGAGGUACGAGGGCUCCACCACCAGGUACAGCAGGUACAGCGGCCGGAGGGACGGUGCUCCGUUUCCUGCCCGGCCUGCCGCCAACAACAGAACCUCUGCCUACAACUCCACCAACAGCCGGAACAGAGGGAGAUACGAAAACUAUGAUGAGUUUCCCCCUGUGAGAAGUUAUGACGAGUUCAGUCAGGGCAGCGGAGCCUCUUACGAAGACUCUUACGAGAGGGAGCUUCGGGAGUACGCGGGAAGCCAGCGGUAUGGUGACGGGGUUGGGGGUGUGGCCGCCACCAACGCUGUCACAGGGAACAGCAGGAGGCACAGCUUCAGCCCUGCAAGGCGGCGAGACGACCCCUCGCCGGGCUCACAGCGUGCUCACUCCAGAGACCGCAACAGCCUGAGUCCUUCGGCUCGCAUUCCCUACGAGGACGGCGAGUCAGGUGGUCGUCGCACGGCCCGACGCUCCACCAGCGACCACGACAGCUUCCACAGCCAGUCCCCGCCGGGGUCCCGCACGGCCUCGCCCCCGCCGCCGCCACGGCCGGCAAAAGGCAGUUCCUCCGUGUCGGCGCGGUUGGCGCCACCCAGGUCACCAGGCACUCCCAUCGCUGCCUCGCCUUCGCGGGAGGUCACCCUCCUGGAGGACCGCUCCCUCCCUGACCCUCGGGACUACCGAAGACGUACCAGUGACUUGAAGGACCUGGUGGUGCGGGUAAGUGACAACCGGCGGCCGGCGCCUGCUGCGCCUCCCGAGUCCCCCCACCGCUCAGGCUCCCACAGGCUGCACCGCUCCUCCCACACGGAGGACGGUGAGGACGUGGUGAGCAGCAGCAGUGGUGGCGCCAGCGGCCCCCAGGACCCCCGGCUGGUGCACCGGCGGCUGACGGAGGACCCGCCCUCCUCGGGGGACGAGCGGCUGCCGGAUCAGGAGCGCCCCCACAAAAAGCCGCGCUACAAUGAUGCAAACUACGAGAAGGUGGUCAGUGUAAAGCGGCUUGCCGAUAGCAGUGAUUCCAUUACAAACUUUCGGCGACCUCACGACGCGCGGCGGGAAGGGCGGCUGGUAAGGCGGAGCGGAGACUCCUUGCCGCACCCUCCCCGCCAGUCUGAGGAAGUCCAUGAUCCUCGCUAUCGGAGAUCGUCCGUGUCUGACGCGGACGACACCCACUGGCGCCGCGAUGCCAUUCAUGUGUCUUCCUCGUGUGACGCUGCCGCAGACCACAGCGACGCCAGCCCCCCCGGCACUCCGGUCAGGGACGAGCGGGACGACUCCUCCGACCCCCUGCGCCACUCGUCACACCACCACCACCACCAUCACCACCACAACCAUCACCAUCAUCACCACAGGGACCGCUACCACAACGUUCCCCUCUCUCUGCCGUUGCCGAGGUUUGCACAACAAGUCCGUGCCCACCUGUCCCCACGUGCUGCCUCCACCUCUCCCAAGGGCGCCACCUUGCUGAGGUCGCCACCCUUUAGCGGGGGAGUCGUGGCAGGCAACAGGGGAGAGGUGCGUGAGGUUGGCAGUGCUGUGGUGGAUACUCCGCUCUCCCCUGGACCGCGGGACAGCCCCUCGGACUCUGAAGAAUCCCCCCUCCCCUCGCCCUGCAGCCCCUCCAUUGACCUGGAACAGCGAAUUCGUGCUCUUGACGAGAAGUAUGAGAAGUGGUCUGGGUCUUCGCGGGUGGUGGGGAACAGCCUGCCUCCAGCGCCAGGAAAUGAAGUUGUUAGUGAUAAUGGAAACAGUGCAGCUGUCAGUGGAAACAAAAAUGGUCGAUUUGCAAAAAUUCUUAAUCUUGAGGAGUUGCGGUCACAACCGUCCGAUAUUGUUAAAUCUCUUCUUUCGAAAAGGUCAGUCUUCGACGAGGAUAGCAAGCGACUGGAAAAUGUCGGUGAUAAGUAUGAACCUAAGCCCUUCACCUCCACCCCACGCACCACCCGGGCGGGGAGCAUCAUGCCCAGCCCGCCCCUGGUCAACACACACCUUACUCGCCUUCCUUCCACCCCGCCAGCUGUGCCCUCUGCCACCCCAAUCAGCAGCCUGCCCGGCGUCAGAUUAUCCAGUCAGCAGGCACAGCUGCCGCAACCUGUCACUUCGAGUCCUUCACAAGUUCCUAGGGUGUUUGUAUCUGUCCCGCAGGUCAGUAAGUCUCAGGGAUUGUCACCGCUACAUAGACCUGUGGUUUCUCAGGCAGUGCGCCCACCUGCCUCCAGCCCUGGCUUUAGUCCCGGUGUCAGUCCCGGCGUCAGUCCUGCCCACCCGCCGCCACACAUGUCUCCAGUUACACCAGUCAGCCCUGCACCUUCUAUAACCACCACCUCUUCCAUCACUACUGCCACCAGUACUACCUCAGCAGUCACGCCUCUGAGACGUGCUCCCGCAACACCUCGAGCAGCGCGAUUCGACUUGCCGGCUGCCGCGGGAGAUGGGGGGGAAGUGUUGGAAGAGGAGGCACCAGGGGGGGUGGUCACUGUCGUGGCUGACACGCGUGUGACAGGCGUGGUGUCGGUCACGGAGUCUGUCUCCAGCAGCAAGUCUGUGCUGACCACCACCUCCAGCCUCCUGCAGCCACUGUCCAGCCCUGGUGCACGGCCUGACCUAGAAGAGUCUGCACCACAUAAUGUACCUGAGAGGAGAGGUGUUAAUUCUCUCCCACCAUUAGUAAAAGAAGAACCUCAUACUGAGGAGGCUGAGGACCCUGUGCUACAAAGAGUCAAGGUAGAGCAGCCUAAAUUAGAGGAUGGCAAAACCAAAGAUUGUGUAAGGGAAGUUAACGAGUGUAAGGACAUGGUUGUAGCCGUUGCCCCUGAGCCCCUCACUCCACUAGUUAAGGAGGAGCCUGUGGCAGCGGAAACCAUAAAGAACGAACCGCUAAAAGUCGAAACUUAUAAGUCAGAGUCUAUAAAGGUCGAACCUGUGAAAGUGGAGAACCUGAAAGUGGAGCCCAUGAAGUGUGAGACCAACAACAAAGAAAUCACCACCAACAACCACAAACGCCGACACAGCAGCAUCGAAAACGACCCUCGCUUCAAGGUGGACGGCAAGGCCCCGGAACCAGACUCCAAGCGCAUCAAGUACGACGAUGAAGACAAGAUGCUGAGAGAGAAGGUGGGGAAGGAGAGGAGGGAUUCUCGGGACACCAGGGAGAACAAGAAGAGCGAGAGGGAGAAGAAGAGCAGAGGAGGAAGGCGGGAGGAGGUCCAGGAAAACCACACCGACAAGAUCAACAACAGGACUUGCGAGACGCUGGACAACAAGCAGAAGAGAAAGUCAUGUGAGAGUAAAAUGGAGGACAAGAAAGAAGACACCCACAAAAAGGAGGAGAAAAAGGACAAGAGGAAAGAGAAGGUCGAAGACAAACCGUACGACAAAGUUGACCCUCGAACGCUGGACAAAGCCUGUGAGCGAAAAUGCGAAGAGAGGAAAGAUAACAGAAAAGAAGACAAGAAGGAGGAAAAGAAGGAGGAACGGAGGGACGAGAAGAGAGAGGAAAAAUACGAGGACAGGCGCGACGAAAGGCGGGAAGAGAAGAAAGAGGAGAGAAAAGACUCCAUCCGUGAGGAGAGAAAGGAUUCGAUCAGGGAGGAAAGGAAAGACUCGAUUAGAGAAGAGAGGAAAGAGUCGAACCGAGAGGAGAGAAAGGACUCCAUCAGGGAAGAGAGGAAAGAAUCAGUCCGAGAAGAUCGUAAGGACGCCAUUCGAGAGGAGAGAAAAGAAUCCACCAGAGACGAGAGAAAAGAAUCAGUGAGAGAAGACCGGAAAGAAUCCUUACGAGAGGAGAGGAAAGAUUCUAUUCGGGAGGAGAGGAAAGAUUCUAUUCGGGAGGAGAGGAAAGAGUCCGUCAGGGAGGAGAGGAACAAGAGCGAAGGGGACAAAAGAAGACACAGCGAGGACAAGAAAUCCGAGCUACGGGAACAGAAACACAAGGAGAGGAAAGACAAGUUCAAGGAGAAGGAAAAAGCCAAGACCUCGUCAGCCUCAAGAUACGAGAAGGAGGCGGAGAAGGAGCGAAUACGAGAGAAGGAAAGAGAACGGGAGAAGGAGAAGGAAAGGGAACGUGAAAAGGAGGAGGAAAAGGAAAGAGAGAAAAUGCUGGAGAAGGAACGAGAGAAGGAAAGAGAGAGAGAAAAGGCGCUUGAGAGGGAGAAAGCGGAGAAGGAAAGGGAAAAGAUGCUGGAGAGAGAGCGAGAGAGAGCCUUGGAGAAAGAGAGGGAGAGAGAGAAAGCCCUUGAGAGAGAGAAGAUGCUCGAAAGGGAGAGAGAAAAGGCCCUGGAGAAAGAACGAGAAAAGGCCUUCGAAAAAGAGCGAGAGAGGGAGAGAGCUGCUGAAAAGGAAAGAGAAAAGGCUUUAGAGAGAGAGAAAAAGAAAUCCUCCGAGAAAGACAGGGAAAAACCGGAGAAGGAGAAGAGUUACGAAAAGGAGCGAGACAAAAUCCAGGAGAAGGAGCGCGACCGAGACCGAGAACGGGAGAAGGACAAAAUACGGAGCAACGAGCGACCCCGAGAUAGAGACAAGGAUAGAGUCCCGAGGGUAAACCACCGUGACGCAACCGAGAGAACGGACGGAAGGCGGGACAGCAGGCACAACAGCGACCGCCAUAACGACAAACGAAGGGAUUCCCGCCACGAGACCUCCGUCAGGCACCACCACAGACCGUACGAAAACCAGGACAGCAAUGACACGGCCUCCAAACACAAGGUACGCAAGACACGGCUGCUGGACACGGAUGAGGAGGAGAUGCCUGAAGCGAGCAAGGUGUCCUCCAUCCAUUACUCCAGCAGCGAGGACUCCAUGAUGCCCAACCACGAGCCCAUCCCAAUCACCGCCAGGGUUGAGGAUGCCCCCCACCGCACCGAGAAGACCGAGGUGCUGCGCGAGGAGUCAGAGGAGAGGCGGGCGGAGCGGAUGAGAGACAAUCGGCGGCGGAAGCACGACUCGGGUAAGAGCGACAAGAGCGAUGGGGAAGCUCGGUCGAAAGGAAGUUCAAGUCGAGUGAAGGUAACUCCGCCGCAGCCCGUCCGCACCAAGCCCUGCCUCGACGCCCAUGACCCACCGGUGCCUCCCAGCGAUGUGCCGACUUCCGAGGACGAGGUCACGAGGGCAAAGGUCAUUCCACCCUCGAGGCGUAACAGCACCAGCAAUAAGUCCCACCAACCACAGGGGAGGAUAGGGAUGACAGGCCAGAAGAACAAGCACGUCAACAAGGCCAAGUCCAUAUUCGACCCUGAGACGGACUCCUGCGGCAGCCUCACGGGGUCGGGAGGCGAGGAAGAUGGGGAGGAGGAACAGGCGCCCAAGAAACACUCCAUCUUUGACAUUCCCGCUGACGAUGGCAAGUUUGAUAUGUACGAUAAAGUGAAGGCACGAAGGCUCAAGAGACAGCAGAAGCAGGAGGAGGAGAGAAGGCAGCAGGAGAUAAAGCAGCUACAGAUGCAGAAGUACCGCCAGCACCAGAGGGCGAGGAAGGAGAAGAAGUCCAUGCCGCCCCUUCACUCGGACAUCUCAGACUCAGAGGAAGACGGGGACAUCAACAGCCGGGGCCAGAAACGCAGCCUCAUCAGACCAACCAGCUCAGAUGAGGACGCCCUGCGGAAGAGGCGCUCAACGCAGCUGACCUCCGACGAGACUGAUGAAGACAUGUGCUCCAGGGACGACAAGAAGCCGUCCUUGCCGGGCUACAAGAAAGACCCCAAGAACAAAUUGAGGAAUAUUCUGGUGUCGGACAUCACCACGGACGAGGAGGUGACCAUGAACUCUCCAAACUACCCAUCAGGAAUGAGAUCCAAUUGCAUUAACGAGGAAUCAGUCGACAUGGUUCACAGACACGCAGACAACAUGUUCAUCGACUCUGAUACCGAGAGUGAAGCGCACAUCAAGAGACCCAACAAGUGUGUGCGCCCACCAGAGUCAGACAGCGAAGUGUCGGACGUGUCCUCCCACACCAAACCCCCCAAGCCAGCGGCGAGGGUGAAGGUGCGAGACAAGGAGCGGAAGCCUAACCGUGUGAGGGAGAAGACCAAGAAGGGCAUCAGCAUCAGCAAGGAGAUCAUCACCACGUCAGAAGACAGCGAUGCAGCCCUGCCCUCGGAGGACUCCCGGCCGGUGCGUCCCAAGGUCAAGGCCGAGGCCGUGGAGAUCCGGCACGACAAGAGCCUCUCACAGCUGCAGCGUGAGAGGAAGCGUACCGGUGAGAGUGCCGUCAUCCGAGACAAAGUUCCCUCAAAGAAGGACGAGAGGAUGGAAAUCAUAUUUGGUCACAUAUCCGAUGAUUCUGAUCCUUCACCAAGCUUGCCACAUGUCCUUCCUGCUUCGGCCACAGCCAAAAGAAAAGGCUCCACCUCCUCUGGAACUUCCACAGCUCCGCCUCCUCUGUCCCCGGCACAGACAAGACUCACUGUGGGAGAAGUCUAUGACUCAGACUCUGACGACCUCCACGUGAUGCCAGCGGCCAGUGCCCCAAAACACAGCCAUGGACGCUUGAAGCCAGCGCCACAGGAACUCCCACCUUGUGUGGAAAACAAGAUUGAAAACAAACUUGACAACAAAUCCAUUGAUUUCAAAACAGAGGAUCGAAGAAGUGUGAAGAAGGAACGAUCGCGCCAUGAUCCACCGCCACCGCCGCCAGACAAUCUGAGAACUGUUUUGGAAACGGAAAAGAGUGGCAGUGGAAACAGUGUUCCCAGUAAUGCCACCAGUCCUGGCAUCACCUCCAUGAACACUUGCCCCUCCGAGGAAAGUGGCAGAACCGACAUGAAGAUGCCACUACCCAAAGAAGAGCACGAGUAUCAUGACUCUGAGGCGAGCAUCAACAUGGACAUAUUUCGAAUCAACGACGAGGACUACAGCGAACAGAGAGACUCCCGGAAAGACAGGAAAAAGAAGAAACGACAGAAGCGGGAGAAGGACGGGAGUCGGGGCCGCAAGCACCACCGCCGCCUGGAGGAGGAGCGCACUGGGGCCGGCGAGCACAAGGUGGACCACCACGCUGUUGAACAUUCCACUUUACUGUGUCUGGACACUGUCUCUCCCCCAUCACAGGAAAUCUCUUCGCCUCGUUUACUGAGUCCACAGGAAAAGGUAAAAGUAGAUCCUAGAGCACCAGCCCCACUCAGCAGCCCUCACAGCCCCCCCGUAGCUGCCCCGCCUGCUGCCUCCCCCACCACCACCACCACCACUAAGUGUGCACCAAGCAGUCCUCCAGAGCCACCCCCCCACCAGAGUCCCCUCACUCACACCCGCACACGUGACCCCCAGGAAAUAGUGGAACCCCGGCAGAGUGGCGAGCCCUGUGACCUGAAGGGAAGCCGCAGCCCCCACCCCCUGGCCACCCUUCCUCCAGACGCAGCGGAGUCAGCAGUACAAAGCCUGACCACCCAAGUGCCCUCCUCACUGCCAUCCACGGGCCCAAUAUUUGAGGACAUAACGGAAGCCUCCAACCUCAGUGCUCCCGAGUCCACCGUCGACGCCAAUGCUGCUGCCAACGGAAAGGCCUCCAGGGCUGUCAUCUCCCAGGAAGAGACUUUGAACGCGGUGGCGGGUCUUCUGGCCUGCUAUGACGACGGUUAUCCUGACGAUGCAGGUGUUCAGCCUAAUGUUGAAGACACAAUGAUGCCUCCAGAUAAUUCAGUUGUAGCUGACGAGGCCUUUGAGGAGGCUCAGAAGGCUGCUCAGAUGCUGCAGUGUGAAAUGCCAGGAGACCGUGAGGACGGGUGGGCCCAACAGGCACCCCACAACCCACCGUCCUCGCCCGUCAAAGCUCCAGAAGAACCCGAGGCCGAGCCCCAGCCGCUGGAGCCUCAGGAGGACCUGGAAGGAGGCCAAACACCCGAGGCUGAGGAGGGAAGGUACUCGCUGAUAGCUGCCAGCCCGGGGUCCGUGCAGUCAGAGCCGCCGUUACAGAUUGACGAGGACCAGCCCGACCCUGCCGAGGAUGGAGACUCAUCCAUGGUGCCCUCCGAGGACCAGGAGGAACAGACACAUGCGCAGGAUGCUGGGCCUGAGGCGAGGGAUCAUUGUCCGCCUUGGUCGUCACCUCCCAAGUCGGCGGCUGUCCCCCCUCCAGCAGUGGACAAAGGGGAGAGUCUUGCAGAGGAGCGUCAGCAAAAAUCUGUACCAGAGGAAAAGGGUGAAAAGGAUCUGCCGAGUCCUGUCACUCCUCCUCAGAAAUCCUCUGAUGACAACUCCGGGAAAGCUGCUCUGGCCCAGCCAGAGCCCAGUGUUCCUGAGGUCCCGGCAGCUGCGCCAGCACCGCCCAAAGUCAAACUGAACACUGAGGCAGUCUUGCCGCCAACGGUGGUGCCACCUUCUAAAACUCCUCCCACACUUCCAGUAAAAUACCUGUCAUCUUCAUUAGAGUCCACUAAAUGUUUACAAACACCUAAAUCCACAACACUACCAGUGACAAGCACUGCAACACCCUUACAGUCAUUACCAGUUGUAGAGAAGCCUGACUUGGGUUCUUGUAAGCCCAAGGAACCACCUCCUCCACCCGUCACUGUAGCCUCACCGUGUCAUAAGAUGGAAAGUUUUGUGUCAGAGAGUUCAGCCGUGUAUUCCACUUCCAGUCACACUAACUCCCUGCUGAGCACCUCUAGCACCACUGUCACCACCAUGUCUUCCCCCUCUUCUUGUUCUCGUGUUGUAGAUGAUGUUCCUAAGGGAAAACUAGAUAAUAACCAACUAAACAGAACAGAAACUCUUUCCAAAACAGAGCCAAACUUGCCUCCCGCCAUCCCAUCCCAUCUUUCUCCACGAGUGUCUAGCGCAACGAGCGUGUUCUCCAUGAGUUCUAUCAGUAGUUCAAUGUCUCCAAGCCCCAAGGUAGUGUCUCCUAGCCCCAAGGUAGUGUCUCCUAGCCCCAAGGUAGUGUCUCCUAGCCCCAAGGUAGUGUCUCCUAGCCCCAAGGUAUUGUCUCCCAGCCCCAAGGUAGUGUCUCCUAGCCCCAAGGUAUUGUCUCCCAGCCCCAAGGUAUUGUCUCCCAGCCCCAAGGUAGUGUCUCCGUCAAUAUACUCCCCAGUGUCAUCAUCAGCAUCCUGCGUCACUACAUCCACACCCAAGUCCAGUAUUAGCCCAGUUUCAGACUCUCCUUCAAGUGGAAUAGUCAAGAUCACCCAGGCCUCUGUUCCCAUUUCCGUCAGUGUGUCAACCCCCGCUUCCUCCUCAGCACAUGUUUCUGUGGCGAUGUCAACAAAGACGACCACAGUAGCGUCAGCCCCAUCAGUUCAGACCUCCGCCUCCAUUCAUCCCCCCUCAUGUGUACAGGUUUCAUCCGCUUCACCUUUAGUAUCAUGCAAACCAAGCUUUAGCUCCAGUCCGGUGUCCAUCGCCACCUCGGUGCUCACUCACACAUCAGUCAUUACUUCCACCUCUGUUCCUUCUGCAUCCUCCUCAUCAGUCCUGCCGCCCACCACACCAGACACCAUCUCGGUGACCAAGUGUACCCCCACCAUGCCCACCCCGACCUUCAUUCCUGUCCCCAUUACUGGGCCUGUCCCUCCCUCUGUCCCUGUUCCUGCUAAAGAACCCAAAACAGCCACGGAACCAUCUGAAAUCAUUGACACAAAACUUGUCCUUAGUAAAGCAAAUGACAACAUCAAACGUGAGUCAGAUAAAAUUGCUGAGCCGUUCAUUAAGGAUUCUUUAUCCACUAAUGCUUCCACCACACUUACAGACAGCAAGUUAAUUGAUUCAAAGAGUAAUUUAGAGCCACAGAUAACAAUGAACAUGACAGGGAAAACAGAUAGUGUUAUCAUACACCCCAAAGAAAUUGAAGGAACACCAUCAGUUAGUGGAAAGCCUACCUCAGAUAUCAUUAAAGUUGAGGGACCAAAUAAUAAGAUGUCUGUCGAAAAUGCCUUGGCUAACCUCCAGACCAUUGUGAGUGAGACGGCCACGCAGCCAGACCUGGAGAAGGCGUCGCAGCCGGACAAGGAGGAGGCGUCGCUGUGCAUGAAGGAAGAGCCGGGCACGGAGGACUCGCCGCCCAAGGCAUCCAGUCCUCCUCAGCCGCAGGAUGACUUUGCCAAGCUGGAGCAAGUGUGUUCAGAAAUUCAAAACCAGAAUCAAGAUUCUGCAACCGAGAACAAAUCUGUUGAACCUGAAAGUAUAUCAGAAGCGGGAGAGAGAGACGCCAAGCUUGACGAGCGCUCCAGCGCCACCACGCGGGGCCGGGGCCGAGGCCGGGGCCGACGCGGAGGAAGGAAAGGCGCCGAGGUGCAGGAGGAUGUGCCUGGCGCUGCUCUGCCAGUCACACGUUCCGGGGCGGCCACGCGGGGCAAGGGGCGUGGCCGGGGACGCAAUACACGCAACAGCGAGAGCCAGAAAGACGGGCCUCAGGCUGAGCCCGGCACCCCCGCCCCAGCCGACAAAGCCCUGCCAGAGCCCAGGCGCAGCAACAGGACCAAGCGAGCGCGAAGACACCCGGACAUGGUGGACCACGAGGAGACCAGUGGCCGCAGGCGGAGGGGCCGGGGAGGACGGGUGGUCCAGGCUGAGGAGAGCCGCCCCCUGCCCACCCCUGCAGCCUCUGACGUGUAUGACUUUCACGAGUCUGAGGACGAGGACAUCAACCUGGGGCUGGGUAAGGCCAAGAUCAAGAAGGAGCCAGCGAGGGCUCCCGUCAGUCGUAGUCCAGCCAAGCCUGAGGUGGAGGAAGUCCGCAGAGUGGAGGGUGAGGAGAUGCGUUCUGCUGCAACCCCGACAACAAGAAGGUCGGGGCGUCUGCGUGACAAGGUGCCUGAGGACGAACAGGGCGGGGAAGGUGAGGAUGGCAGUGCCGGCGAAGGCAUCAUUAUCCUGGACAGUGUUUCUGCUGCACCGCCGACAUCCGUGGCCACGACUCUGCCUGCCGUCAUAACAACAAGCUUUGCCCCCACCACCCAGGGCAUGCCAGGCCGGGGCCGAGGGAGAGGCAAGCACCGCGAUGUAGACAUGAAGUGUGAUGGCGACCUGGAUGAUGAUCCAGCCUCCCGCAGGAGCCCACGGGGCCGUGUCCGCCCCUUCGAUUCACAGAUAGACGGUGAAAAGCCCAGCUUUGGCCCUCUUAUGACCAUGCCCACCAUCGGCACGGCAGCCACAAGUGUCACCACCGUGGGAAGCUCGUUAACACCAAGCGGCACCACCUUGGUAACACCGUCAGUGGAGGAGCGGAAGUCUGAAGCGGAACUAGUGGACCCCGUGACGGGCGUGGUGACCAGAGUGAAGGUGUGCGAGGAGGGCCAGUACGUCACGGACAGCGGAGAGGCAGCGCUGCCACCAACAUCGCAUCACAUGUCAAGCGCAGUGAGUCACUCCAAGCCAACAUUUGUUCCUACAGCAGUGUCUGUCAACAGCAAUAACAACAACGUAAACACAAAUGUCAGUUCAAAUGCCGGCGUGCCUCACAUCACCACCGUGGGAAGCAGCUGGUGCAGGCCAGGCGUGACCAUGACCGUCGUCAGCAGCAAUGUUGGCAGCCCGCUGAUGAGCGUUGGCCGCGACAGAGAAGUGAGUGUUGAGCUGGUAACACGGGUGCCUCCCCGGACCGCCCUGCCCAUCUCAACACAAGGGUCGGUUACUGUCCCCACCCUGGUGCCCACCAUGUCGGUCAGUGCCUCACCCGCUGUGACGCACACCAUGGUGCCAGCCCACCAGCCGCCACCUGCCCGGGCCACCCUGCCAGCCACUGUGACCUUGGGAGCCGCGCCGCGGCCCUCAGCCACCACCUCGGUGUACAUCAGCAAGAUAAAGCCCGGCCAGCCACCUCUCACACAGCAACAGCCGCCGCCACAGAUGCAACAGCAGCCUAUUCCACAGCAGCAACAGAACCUGCAGGCACAGCGACUACAGGCCAAGCAGAUCACUCAGAUCACUCCUCAGCAGCAGUUGUCAGCCUCCGUGCCACAGUCCCAGCCACAGGUCAAGCCUGCUCAGAUCAAGGGUGUGACAGUCGUCUCGACGGCCCCCAAACAGCUGGGGAACCACGUGCGCAAGACCACCGUGGCGCCACCCGUGUCGGCCUACUACCCCCAGAAGACUAUACAGGCAAACCCAGGAGUCACACUGAGUCCAAUCGUCACCCGGCCCGUCGUUGUGCCCAAGACCAGCACCACACCGGUCAGCAGUCAGCCGCCAUCCUCAGACCUGGUCAUCGAGGGACGUCCCAUUCCAGCGGCUCCGGCAGGAACCUAUGAACCUCCCCAUGCCAGAGUCGUUCCCACCUCGGCCAUCGAAGAUACCCCGGGCCACCCCCGAGUGUUCCUGGAGGAGAAGCGGCCUACUGUCCACGGGGAGUUCAUUGGGAUCCAUCCGCGUUACCCCAAUCAACGGUUUCUGGAGCCGCCGCGGGUUGACGUCACCAGGCUGUCCGGGUCCUCCCCCUCAACGCCAUCCCCGGCAGGGCGGACGCACGAGUCAGAGCCUCAUGCACCGGCCCACCACCCUGCCAUCGCCGGAUACGAGAUGCAUGCUGUUGCUGCUGCUGCUGCCCACAGCCACAGUUCAGCUGCUCCCAUGCCUGCUACCUCUGUCCCCGUCACCCCUAAGAGUGGCCUGGCCCACUUCUACCAUGCCGGGGAUGUUGGAGAGUACCAGCAGCAGCCCGUGGCCCUGCACCACCCCCACCACCCCAAGCAGAUCAGUGCCGGUGGUGGAGGUGGUGGGGGUGCAAGUGGUGGUGGUGGUGGUGGAAGUGCAGGUGGAGGUGGGGGUAGUGGAGGAACUACUGUCGGAAGUGGUGGAGGUAAUGAUGGCGGCAGUGCAGGUGGCGGUGCUGCUGCUGCUGCUGCCGCCGCCGCUGCUGGGGCUCGCUUCCUUACCUCUCCACCACUGUCCACCCCUCCCUCUGCCCACACCCCCCCGCCGGCACACCAACACUCCCACCAGGGGGAGAUCAUGCGCAACGUCCCGCCCCAGUACCUGCAGCACGUCUACUCCUCACAGUACUAUGGCAUCUAUGGCGGAGAGAAGAUCAUAACACCCAUGCCGCUGGAUAUGAAGCUGGAGAAGGGCGAAGCGGAGAAACACGAGCCGCGGUCUGGCACUGGUACACCUGGACCCACCGAGUACCCCUCGCGGCCCAGUGGAACACCAGCAGCACCUCUCGUCCCUCGCGGUCCAUCCUCACCCCACGUGCUGGCGUCACCUCACCAUGACCGCUCCACGGACUCCCCGCAGGUGGCCAUGGUAUACACAAGGCUGUACGACCGCUACUACUACCCUGGGAGGGCAGGCACCCCUGGGGCACCUGGCUCGACGGAGCAUGAAGCUCGCAGCCGCAUCUCAUCUCCCUCGGCUCCCUCUCAUGUCUACCCGGCCAUCCCCCCCUCAGAUGUCCACCACCCGCCGAUUGUUCAAAUGUCCCCGCAGCAGUUCCCAUCGCAGCUUCCACCUCAGCUUCAAGUUCUGCUUCAGGGGUCAGAUAUUACUUGGGUUGGACUGCUUGGGCUCAAACAAGACCACGCAGCUGUGCAGAUGUUGUACGUGUCUGGCAGCAGCGAUGUGGCGCGUGGGGCGCUGCGCGUCCACCCUGACGGCUCCACCUCCCCCAUCAGGAUUGGCCAGCGCAUGAGACUGGAACAAACCCAGCUGGAAGGAGUGGCCAGAAAGAUUCAGAUGGAGGCAGAGCACUGCAUGCUCCUGGCUGUUCCACAUGGACGGGACUCCUUUGACUUCCUGCAGCAGCAGAACAGCCUUCGUAACGGCAUCAUCAACUACCUGAUCAUGAAGCAGGCCGCCGGCAUCGUCAAUGUGUCGGCGCCCGGAACGCACCAGCCUGCGUACGUGGUCCACAUCUUCCCGCCGUGUGACUUUGCCAAUGAAAACCUUGCCAGGAUAUCACCGGACCUACUCCACCGCGUGGCUGAGAUCUCCUACCUGCUGGUGGUGAUUGCCACCUGCUGAGCGCGGAGGCUCGCCACGAACCCCAUGAAGACGUUAAUUGAGCAGCAAUUCAUUUGUCUGACUCAUCUUACCGACUGUGACGUAGCAAAACCAAUCAUGACUCUUGUAUUAUGCAUUCUGAAGUACAUUCAAUGAGUAACAUAUCUCAAUAAAAAAAAUUUGAAAUUCACUAAAAAAUCAAGUUCCUAAAAAAUGAACUAAAAUUGUGGGUGUAUUAAUUUACAAAAGACCUUACAGGACUAAUUGAUAACUAAACAUGGAGCAUAAAAUAAAUUCUGCAGAAAGACAUACGAACGGAAACAAAAUUAUGGAGACAUUAGAUAAAGAUUUAUGCACAGCGUGUGGUUUUCUUUGAUAGAAUGUGCAUAGUACUUACCUACAAGGACAACGUGGAAAACAAAUACGACGGUUUGUUGAAAAUGUGUACAGGAACAUGUGUGUACAGUGGUGUGUAUUGCUUUGUGUGAAGGAACAGAACUAUGACGGCAUUCAGUGCAGAAGUUAGUGUUCGUUAACUUCAUUAUUAUUGGAAUUCCAGAUUUGGUGAAUGUAUUUAGUUUUAAAUACUUUUCACAGAACAAGACAUUUAAGGAUGCCUUAUACAGGUGUGAUUUAUACGAAAAUGAGAAAAAAAGAGCAUUUAUGAAACCUUAAACAGGAAUACAUGUUGUGUUAGAAGAGUGUGGAAAUGAUAGAUUAAUGUCACUGUUGUGUUUUGACUGUUUUGUGUAAGCAGCUUGCAACAUCCAGAUGUUCCUUUAGCCACAAUGUAUAUGAACUCCAUAUUAUCAGCAAGCAGUGAUGUGGCCAAGUGUGGUGCAGGGGCCUUGUCUGUUAACGCUACACUGCUGCUUUAAAGGAUGCACUGAAGGACAUACCAAAUAAACAUUGUCAUGACUCACUUCACAGGAGUGAUGUAUGAGUGUUGUGUAAGUUGUGCAAGACACAAGUUUUGUGUGGCCUAACCAGCCCCGGGCCCAAUGGUGCCCACAUGCCGCCUAUGGUAUUUAGAUGAACUGUAUAGUUGUACAUAUUGACAUGAAUUGUAGAAUAAUUCUUUUUUACUAUUCAUUUUGGUGGAACUGUACUUAAAAAAGCUGCCACAACCACCAUCAUGAAGGUGAUUCACACACAGCUUGACCGGCAGCUCGGUGAAGCUCUGUGUCUUUCCAAAUGUUAUUCAUGUGUGCACACUGCACUCAGGGUGGCUGUGUGCAGCAUGCUGUUAUUUUGUGUGCAGAUCUACGCAUGGAGUCACCCUGAUUUAUUUAUUAUCAGCCAUCUUGAUCAUAAUUCAUCCAUCUCAUCCACACUCCCCCUCAUAAAGAAAUGCUCUUCUUACCACUCCUCCACAGACAGAUGCACAUACACCAAAAUCAUUUACUUCUUAAUUGUGUCAGAGGUAUUUAGUACUUUCUUGGUAUAUAUUGUCUAGCUAAUCUUACCUUCCCCAGACUUCUGCUUGCCCCCUUCCUGGCCUUCUCAGCACAGCCCUCAGGAAACUUCUGUUAUCUUGCUGCAGCACUUACACUAAGGCAUCCCGUCAUCCCCGUGUGUCUGCAUUUCUUAGAUGCGUUUCCUAAUUCCUAAUUUGUAAAGAUGCUUUAUCAUGGCCGAGCGCCCUGAAUGUGUUGCAGGUGUGUUUCCUCAGAGAAUACAGUUGUCACUCCAUUAUCGGGACCUUUCGCCUGGACCACACGUUCAGUGCAGAGCGGAGGUGUUUUGUGCAGCAACACUUGUACAGUAUUUGAUCUGGCAGGGUGUCAGGAUUAAUUGAACUUAAUUAGCUGGGUUGCAACAUUUUUCACCUUGUACAGUAUUACACAUUGAUCCCUUGAAGCAUACGGUCCACUUUGAGAAAAUGUUGCACAGGUUGAAGACGCUUACUACUUGUAUAUGGCAGAGCAGAAUCAUUUUAAAAGAAAUUUCAGGGAAGCAAAAGGAAUGUAUACUUUAAAUUUUAGUCAGGACAGGAAAGACAGUUCUGUAGAAAUACUAAACACUCUGCCACUGCUCUGUGUGGUCCAUGCUGUUCUCUGUGUUCCUACUUGGUUGAAAUUUUGCUGCUGUUCACUGUUUAGUCCCAAAAAAUUGCUUGGUGUAAGGAUCGUCUCGUCAAACAAAAGGUUGAUGAUUAUAAAUUUGGCUCAAAGAAUUAAUGAUUUUUGUAUUAGUAUUUUCAAAUGAGAUAAAGGCACUAAAAAUUCUAAGUACACAGGCUUCAAGAGGUCUGGAUAAGUGAGUGGUCGCAGUAUUCUGAACAUCUCAAUUAUUUAUUCUCUUCCAAGCUUCCUCAUGCUUAUAAAACAAUACCAUGUGAACAGGGCUUACACUCUCCCUUCCAACCGGCUAUUAAAUCUUGCUUCUCUAUCCCUCUACUUGAUUAAGGUGUCAGAUUCUCAUAAGGUAAGAAGGCGCUUAUUGCGGACUAACCUGCCGCUGUUAUGUCACUUUGUUAGAUAUUUAAAAACUAUCACAAAGUCUUUGGUUUAGAGUUGAACUUUUCUCAUUUCUGCACUAUUUUUAGUUUCUCAGCAGGAUUCACUCUAUUGUGUGUUUGCUCAAGAAGUUAGCGGAAUUCUAUUUUAACUCUUUAUUAAUAUUAUGUAUAAUGUGGCAAAUAUAUUUUUGAUGUACAGUUUGAAAAUGUGAAAAAUGUUUAAAUGUAAGUGUACUUGUUAAGUGUUGCAUAAAAGAGAUAUGAAGUGUGUCUGAGGCGUUUGUAAAUAGGUCUAAAAAACUUUUAGGCUGUGAUCCUCAGUUCUCUAGAAGCUUCUUUGGUCAGAAAAUUUAUUGAGAAGUCCAGUGACCAAUUUAAAUUAUUUCAAAACCCAAUAAAGAUCACAAUGGAAUA